ACGCGCAAGUGGUGCGCUUGAGCGUUUGCUCAAAGGUUGUUGUUUCAUGAAUUAGGGUCUUCUAUGAUCGGGGGCCCAUUAAUCGACGUGCAGUUUCAGAAAACUGCACCUUAGCCGGAGUGUAUGAUUGUCGAGCGGUCCAGCGUAUCGCCUAUGCACAAGAGGUGAUGGCAUCCUUCCGUCAGGUGAAUGAGCGACAUGUGUCGGCUGAAGUGGAGCUUAUGCUGUGGUCACCUCGACUGGAUCUCAUUGCUCUCGCACUAAAGCAAGGUGAUGUGGCACUGCACCGACUCUCAUGGAAGCGUGUCUGGCUACGUACACCUCCUGAUGGCAAGGAGCGUGAUGUCGCUGUGUGGAGUCUGGCUUGGAGGCCUGAUGGCAAGAUACUUGCCAUUGGCUAUAGCACAGGGACCAUCAUUCUCUGCAAUGUGGAGAAUUCAGACAUAGUGCACACGCUAGUUCUAUCUGUCGGGGUUACGUGCCUCUGCUGGUCAAGUGAUGGCACCACAGCAGAAGACUCCGAACUGCAGUCACGCUUACUGUUCCGCGAUUUCUCCUCUGCAUACCUGCCAAAGUUACCAAAGCUCAACAAGAGCUAUGGCUGCACAUCAUCAAUGAAGUUAAUUGAAGAGAAUGCGGAUGACUGCAAGAUGCUCAAGGAACAGGAAGACUUCAACAUUCUUGUUGUAGGCCUAGCCAAUGGUAGUGUUUCCCUGUAUGCAUAUGGUGUGCUCCUCUGCCUUGACUUUGAAGUGACACUCGGAGACUGUACUGGGGAGCGCAAAGAGGUGGUGUCUGCAUGGCUGUCAGACACUUUCAGCAAGCUUACUGUCACCAUUGAGAGUGAGAGAGAUGGCGCCGGCAAGUUCAUGUGCCUGCACGUGUACAACAUGCCACUGUUGCGAGACAAAUGGGGAGAGCUUCGUCUAGUGGCCCUAAAAUAUGGACAAGUGGCCUCACUGGCAACAUACCUAACCAGUACUAUAAGCUCCAUUAAGGAAACCUGGGAGGACAUUCUCCUUGAAGUGGACUCAAAACUUGCCAACUAUGCCCAGGAAAAGCGGCGUACGUCCAGUGGCACUGUCAGUGACGAUUUUCUUGAACUGCUCAUGUUUGGCACACCAUCUGAUGCACUCGAGAAGUUCCUGGUGCAUGACCUCACGGAGAAGGGCCUGAAGAAACUGGGCCACUCCAUUGAGCUCUGCUACUCUAAUGUUCAGAAGUAUGUUUUGAAACAGCUGCAGGGUGUUACGCAGGCCAUCUACUUUCAUCUGGCCGACCUUCAGGGCAUGGCUCGGUGGGAGGACAGGUUUGGAGCUCUGGGACUGCGCAGCGAAGCUGUUACCAAUGCCCUUGGAUGCACAGGUUCCUUUCUUCUCAAGGUGGCAGAGUUGCUGCAGGUAAUUGAAGUGAGCAUCCGCAACUUUAAAGCUUUCUUCCGCUGGCUGUAUGUGGUCAUCCUGCGGCUCUCAGAUGACACUGUUCCACCUGAGGUGACCCGCAUCUCACAACAAGAGAUUGUAUUUGUUGCGGAGUUCCUCAAGGAAAACUUUGCAGUGGAGUGGAGCGAGGAGAAUAGGUUGUCGUUUAGCCUGGAAAGAGUUGGUCAGUACCAAGAUGAUCCGUUGGUUUUCCCACUGCCCGCACACCUGAAUGCCUGGCUUAAAUUUCUGGAGCAGAACCCAGCCGUGCUGAAGUUGGUCAUCCCCCACAACUCCAAGAGCUCACUCGUUCAAGAGCACAAACAUCUUGAGCAGGCAGCUGAUGCAUUUGUGGGUAUCACGGAUGCCCUUAGACCUUGUGUUUCAAUGGAGUCGCGCAUCAUGCUUGCUGCUAUGGUGCACCCUGAAAGGCUCUCUGCUCUGUCACAUGUGACUUCAAGCAAAGAUGACUGCAUCUACACCUCGUUCGUACCAUGCCGCACUACGGGACAGGACCUCUACUUGGUCAAACACGCGACAGCAACUGGAAACUUUCUCGUGGCCCGGCUUUACUUCCACAAAUUUCGACACAUUGCAGAUGAAGGCGAUGCAACGUGCUAUGUCGUCCUUGAUGCUCAAUUCUAUAAUGAAGAGGUUUUGUCAGUUUUGUUGUGCAGGGAAGGAGAACACACAGACUCUAAUGUUCCUUUGCUUGUUCAACUGGGCCUCAAGCAUGUACAGAACUUCUUCAUACCUUUGCAAAGAUAUGCAUCCCAUCAUGUGGCACUUUCCGACAUGGGUAUCCAGGCCAUCGAUGCCGCAAGUUGUCUAGAAAAAAUGGACUUCCGAAGGCUAGAGAAAAUGCGUGCUGCUUUUUUUGCUGUUAGCGGCUGCACGGAAGUUGUGUGUGUGCUGUUUCAUUCUCGUAGGCGUGUGCGAACUUUUGAGAUGGACGUGGAGGAGGAGGACGAUGAAACUGGUGACGAAGAUGAAGAGGAUAAAGAUGCAAAAUUUACUGCCGAGAAAAGUAUCACGGACUUUCAGGACGAUGACAAAGAAAAUAGUUUCUGAAGUAAACCUUUGUGUAAAUCGCU